CGACCAAUGACGACUUGAAUCAUGGAUCCCUAGUGGAUCUCUCAACGCAACGGACGGGACAGCACGGCGGUUCUUUUUUUCCCGAGGGAGCACAAUGUGUGAAAUUAAGCACCUUGUUUUGAUCUAGUAAAAGUUAGAGCUGACGUUUAUUCUGAAUCUUAUGUUGAGCUGUCAAUGUGGUCAUCAUUAUUCUCCCUCUGUGUAAGAAGCGGUUUUGAUCAUCGUUAUGGGUAACUUCAAGCUCAUAGAUCAUGAGUACCUAUCACCACAAGAACUGGCCGGAUUUGAAACUUAUAAGUAUAGUUCAAUAGACAGUAGCCCUAUUGGAAAAUACAUCACACACCCAUUUUGGAAUUUUGUUGUCAAGUUUUGCCCAACAUGGAUUGCUCCCAAUGUUCUCACCUUCUCCGGCUUUCUCCUUACUGUGGUGAACUUUAUCAUGUUCGCUUACUAUGAUCCUAAUUUCUAUGCAUCAAGUAUUGAUAAACCUGAUGCAACCAUUCCUCGUUGGGUCUUUCUGCUAGCAGCCAUUAAUCUCUUUUUGGCUCAUACUUUAGAUGGUAUUGACGGCAAACAAGCAAGGCGGACUGGAACAAGUGGUCCUCUAGGGGAGCUUUUUGAUCACGGCUUAGAUUCAUGGUCUUCAGCCUUCAUUCCCAUAUGCUUAUAUUCAGCAUUUGGUUGCUCUGAUCUUACAACUUUCCGUAUGUUUUUCUGUUUAUGGAAUGUCUUCUUCAAUUUCUACACUUCUCAUUGGGAAAAGUAUAACACAGGAGUAUUAUUUUUACCCUGGGGCUAUGAUGGGGCGAUGAUCGUUGUCAUAUUUCUUUUUACUAUUACUGGUAUUUUUGGUCAUGAAAUGUGGUACUUUUCACUGUGGAAUGGUUUUACUGCUAGUCAUCUAUUUGAGUUCCUCUUCUAUUUUAGUGCAUUAAUUACAAAUGUACCAGUGGUACUGUGGAACAUAUAUCUAUCCUAUCGAGAUCGCACUGGCAGGAUGAGGCCAGUUGUUGAAGCUGCGAGACCUCUGUUUCCUGUUUUUAUACUAAUGGCGAUUUCUACAGUAUGGGUUACUCAGUCACCAAAUGACAUUGUUUCAACAGAUGCUCGAAUAAUGUUUUUGUUAGUUGGAACUCUAUUUUCAAAUAUAUGUUGUCGGUUAAUUGUUGCACAAAUGAGCGAUCAGCGUUGUGAUUCAUUCAAUUUACUCUUGAUUCCUUUAACUGCUGUUGUUGCUUGUGUGUGGCUCCUCCCUGCAAACCGAUCUCUCCUCGUGGAGGAGGGCCUUCUAUACUUGCUCACAGCAUUUGUUAUCUGUGCGCACACUCAUUAUGGAACAUGUGUAGUCAGGCAAAUGUGUAGGCACUUCCAUAUUGAUUGCUUCCAUAUUCGACAACACUCAGAAUGACUAUUAGCCGACAACAUGUGUUAAAUGGUUAUUUAUAAUCAGAUUAAUUCCAAGAGCAAACUUACAGGCAAUAAACAAUUAACCAACCAAAGAAAUUAUGCACAUAUGUAUUAGAGUAGAUUAUACUUGUGACCUAGCUUUUGAAACACUUUUUCCAUUCAGUGCUGCAGAUCUCAUGGAUGAGGUAUGUAACAAUUCUGAGCAUUUUUCCUUUGGUCUUCUCCAGUCUAAUCUAAUCUUUAUAAAUUUUGAUUAUAUUUGUGAAUUUUGAUUUUGCGUAAUCUAUAAAACAAAAAAGGAAUCCUAAAUUAUUUUUUUUAAUACUGAAAAUACUAGAAAUAGAAUUGAUUUCAUUGUAUCCAAAUGCUUGUGAUUCCACUGUUAAGGAUGGGACAGUGAGCAGAGGGGAGGGGAAGAAAGAACCAUACCCACUUUGCGAUGUAUUUGACAUACUUGCCUAUUGUUUACACUCAUGUCAUAUCAUAACUUUUUUUUCUCCCACAACUGCGUUCUGUGUUAUAACUCAUAUUUAUGUUGUCACUACUGUUGCUAUUAUCAGCACUGAUAUUUAAAUAUCCUCUAGGUAUUAGCUCAGCAGUAAUUCUCAAAGUUUUCGUACCUCAAUAACCUGAACUGAAUUUUACAGAGCUCAGAGCUGUUCUGGUUUUGUUCCAUUUUUUUUUUUUGUCCUGCCCUGUACUUAUUUAGUUUCAUAGGCAACGGUAAAUCUAGAAAUUUUGUCAAAGUAUGUAUUGUAAUUCUUCCAUCUAAACAUUUCUCCUGUGUCAUACAUGUGUGUUUGCUUUUCUCCUUUCACACAGUCUUCUAUUUUUAUGGUAGAAUGCAGAUAAAUUCCAUAUUAAUAAAGUUAAGUGGGUUUUUUAUGUUGGUAGUUUAUUAAUUGUUUUGGGGGAUGACAAGAUUUAUAAAAUACCCUGAUGAUCUCUACUAAGAUUUUCUGCACUUUGUAUGAUGAAGGAACUGUGUCUCUGAUUUUAUCUGAAGUGGGUAUGUUCCAGCUUGCUAGCUUCCUGAACUCAUGAUUUUUCACAGCUGGUAGAAUGUGCUUGAAUUUGUGAUUGAUAAACCACGUCACCUGACAAAAUUACUCACCUUCUUCUUUCGUGGAGAUGAUAGAAAAUUAGGUAUCAAUUUUUUAUACUUGGUGAACUGUGUGCACUUCAUUCUUUUUAGAGCUUUAAUUGAUUUUUCCGGUUGGAAAGUUUAUUUUUGAGACUUUAAUCUAGAUCAUUGUGUUAUUCCAAAAAUCUCGUACCUAUGUAUAAUGUGUGUCUAUCUUAAGCUCUGAUCAGAUCUGUGUGGGAAUAAUUCAUACUCAAUAUUUGUAUUUCAGUGUGUUAGUGACAACCUCAAGGUAUAGUACAAUAGCCUCUUUAUUUUAUUGGUCAACAAACAUAGUCUGUACCUGAAAUUUACCAAAUUGCUGUAAAACAAAAACAACAGUUGUAACUUAUUGAGAAUGGUUCUGCAUAGAGCCUGUAUGGUUGUUUUCUUAUAUUGUGGGGGACUGCUUAAAAAAUCGUGAAUGCCUUCUGUUUUUAAUUUGACUUAUUAUCAAAUUAAUCCAAUUUUGUCUUCUGCUUAGUCACUAAUGAUGAGUACCACUUACUAAAAGUUUAGGAACAGUACCUGUAUUUUUUCCUGUGUUUUCAAAAUCCUACCAGAUUGUGAUGUACAGGUUAAUAUUGAUUGCACAGGGUGUUUCUCAUUUGUAUGUUUAAGCAUGGUUUAAGUAUAUUUUGCCGACCUUUAGUUCCUGGAUUGAUGUUUCUAUUUUUGAGUUGUAUUGUGAGUCAGACCCAUGUCAAAGCAGUGUUGCAGGUUUGCCUAUCUUUGGGGCUGUUGUGCCUUAACGUUGGAGCAAGUAGGUAAACAAACUUGCAUGUUUCUGUGUUGUAGCCCUGACACACCGUACAUCCUUCUUGAAUGCUAUGCUGGCACCAAUAGGUUCUGUUUGAAAAGAGUGUGAUGGAUUUGGAACAAUGUAAAACUUGUUCAGGAACUUAAUUUUCACCCUUUUUAAGCACCAUGGUGUAUACAAUUAUUGCCGAAGAAUUCUCAAAUCACACCGCACCUAGAUUAAAUGAAGAAACUCUUCCGCUCUACAUUCUGCAAAACAUUUGAGUGAGUUGUGAUUUUGAUUCUUCUUCCUCCUUUUUGUUUAUACCUGCUGCCAAUUAAAUCAUUUUUGUCCUUCUUUAAAACCUAUUUAAUUUAGUAUCUACCUACUUCAAGUCAUAAGUAAAGUCUAUGACCCUCCUGGAAAGAAAUGUGUUGUUUUUUUCUGGUGUAAGGAAGAAAGGUCUUUAAUGCAAUGAACUUUUAUACUAGUGUUGUAAAUAAUUAUUUUUAAUUGCUAUGGAUUUGUUCAUGUUGCUUUAGUGUUUGUUUCGUUUUGUCUUCUGCUUUUUAAGACAUAAACCUUUUUGUUUGCUCUUGGUUGACACAUGUUGUCCCUCGGACGUUUACUUUUAUUUGGUUCUGUGCCAUGUUGUGUGCCUGUACCAUGUUUGUAUUUUGAAAUACUUUGGAUUUCAGUUGCAGUUGUGUGUACUUGUCUUUGUUUUCUUAAGUAAUUCCAUUUCUAGUGUUAACGAGGCAGAAUGGUAAAAUAUUUUAUGGCUGUGUCUCUGUGUACAUAAGUCAAAAUGAUUUAUUAGAGGGUUGUUUCUAGAUGGUUCUCAGAAAAAACAAGUCAUCCCUAUUUAUCGAUUAUGGUACAAUUAUGUUAUUUCAGUUUUGUUUUCUUCAUCACCUUUCUUGUUGUUUAUUCUUAUUUCCAUCAUUGCAGGUUACAGUAGUAGUAUGCCCAACUUUGUCUAUAUAUAGUCAGUUUAUCAACUUCCUCUGAUGUAAUUACACACACACUAAAAAAAUAUUCUCACCUGAGUGCAUGCACUCAACCUCUUGCCCCCGCCCCACUCCCCUUUUUUAAGAUUAAAUAUUAGCAACAUUUUAGAAUUAUCUCAAGCGCUUGCACGCGCGCCUGUGUGUAUGGUGUGUUUGGUGUUUGAGUACGACUAAAAGAUUGGAAAUUUAUCACACUUAAACUGAUUUCCAAACUUUUGAAGUAUACUAGUAUACUGUAUUACAAACUAAUGUUUGAUGUCAAUGUCACUUUCCUAAGUUGUCAAAAAUGGAAACAGCUUAUACAUGUCUUGGUUCUCAUUCAAAGCAGUUGUAAUAUCAAGCUUAUUAAAUAUGUAUAUGUGUAUGGAACAGGUGAAUAAAUGUCUUGAAUUGUGAA